AUGGCUAUAGGCUCUGACAGUGGAGAUUCUCGGACCGAAGUGUCUUUUCAUCUACCGCUCCAAACAUUUGUGCGAGAGAGGGCUCAUUACAUUCUGGCGCAUCUGCGGCCACUGGAACAUCCGGAAAUUCUCAGCGCCACUUUUGUUGCCAUUGACACUCAAAAUCUUAGUACGGUUGUGUCAAGCACAUGGUCUGAUUGGGAUGAUGGUUCAGAACAAAUUGCCAUGCCAACGCUCCUCCAAUUAGCAGUUAUGUGUAGAUGGAUAUCGGCUGAAAUGGUGCAGACUCCUUUAGAAAACUGGGUGAAGUUUGCUAGUAGCUCUCUAUUCGAUGCCGAGGGAAACACCCGCCGUUGCACAGGAUGCACUUCCACUCAGAGACCGUACAAUGCCAUAUGGCUUGUGAUGUUUUUCAAUGACAGAUACAAUUGGCUCGGCAACAGCAGUGACAUUGAUACAGCGGUGAUCUUACUUAAUAAAGUGUUGGAGGUUGGAGGCGUGGCGAAAGCCCCGACCAUCUUCUUCUCACAGGCUGUGCUUGAUCUCUGCAAGAGUCUCGACAAUCUCGGACGUCACAACGAAAGUGUCGAAUUCAAAAACAAGAUCGUGAAUAUCACCAUGAGUUUUAUAAACAAGGGACAAGACAUUCCCACGUCGGAAGUCAGCUACGAGCAAGCUAUCGUGGAGCCUCUGGUUGAGAUGGCCGCAGACACAUAUAAUAUGACCAAAAAUACGACACCACUCAGCGAGACAAAGAAGCGUCUAGAUUGGCUUAUGGCGUUCUCUGGGCCCCAGCCACGUGCUCGACUUUACCAAAUUGCCAACUGUCACUGGGAUGAAUAA